ACAUCCCCACGAGCUCAGAGCGUUUCUAUAUACGGAAUCGGAACCCCAGUUGCCCAGCCGAGUAUAUAUGUAUACUUGGCCCAUCGGAAUCUAGCUUAUCAGUCGUUCGAAACCAAGUCCAGCUGGCAAGGUCCGCUGAAAAUUCGGCAAUAGUACAGUCGUACGCCUCCAAGUGAUCGCAAGUGGAAAGUUCCUCAGUUCUAAAUAUCCCUAAGGAGCCUUAAAGUCGAAAUAAUGGCAGCAAAGAGAAUGGAUUUAAAUAGACGCACCUUUUUGGUGCUCAGCGGCAGCUCGAAUCCCCUGGGUCAAUCCCUGGCCCUGGAGUUCUGCCGGCGCCUGGCCUCGGGAUCCGUGGCCCUGAUCCUGGACGAAGAUCAGGAGCAGCUGCGCAAGCUGGAGAAUCAACUCCAGAACGAGCUGAAGUCGGAGAACGUACGGGUGACGACUGGCCAGCUGGACAAGAGUCAAUCGAACGGAGUGCAGCUAAUGGAGCAGGCUCUGAAGGACCAUUUCGGAGGUCAGCAGGCCGACCAACGAUUCGAGCGUUCGAUAAUCCUGCACAACGAGGGCCAGGCGGCCACCCAUGUGCUCCUGGAGCCCCAGAGCACCGGCGACUGGAAGGCCUAUGUCCAGCAGCAACUGUACGCCCCGGUGGCCCUCAAUCAGAUGUGGCUGCAGUCCAAGUAUCUGGAGAAGGUGGAGAAGCUGGCCGUGAAUGUGACCUCCUCCCUGAUGGUCCGUCCUCUGGUCCACUCUGGACUCCUGUGCUCCUGCAAGCGGGCCAGGGACAUGUACUUCCGGGCCAUGGCCGCCGAGGAGCAUCGCUUCGGUGUCCACGUCCUCAGCUUUUCGCCCGGUCUGAUGGCCACCCACGAGAGCCAGUGCGAUGUGAACGGCAACCGGAUCAAUCCCGGCGAACUCGUGGCCUCGAAGCAGCUGCUCCAGCUGCCCAGGAUCCAGCCGCACCAGGCCACGCUCAAGCUGAUCAACAUCCUGGAGGAGAUCUCCUUCGUUUCCGGUCACGAUGUCGACUACUACGACACCUUCGUUUUAUGAGUAGCACCGUGGCGGUGGGCUGCGUCCCCGAUGGACUCGGUUCUGAGUUUGGCUGACGAUUCGGAUGCUGUUUUUGAUUUGAUCGCCUUGGAAAUGAAUAAAAUCUGGCCAAUGACCCUGAAUUUAAACCUGAAAGUGCAAGAAAACCCAGCACAUGAACAGGAAAACGAAAAACAAA